GAACGUAUCAUUUGAGCGUACAUGCGUCGAUCCAGAAGACGUGGCUCCAGCUUUUCUCCUCUGCUGUCAACAAGCUUCACACAACAGAGACUGCUAGAAGCUAUCUAACGAUUAUUGAAUGAGCAGUAGUUAUUGGCCAAUUGCUACACUGCAGCCAAAAUGAUCUCUCUAACGGAUUCACAAAAGAUCGGGAUGGGGUUGACAGGCUUCGGCGUGUUCUUCCUCUUCUUCGGUAUGGUCCUGUUUUUUGACAAAGCUCUUCUUGCCAUUGGAAAUAUAUUGUUUGUAGCAGGCCUAGCCUUUGUCAUCGGCUUGGAGCGUACCUUCAAAUUCUUCUUCCAGAGACACAAAUUUAAAGCCACCAGUUUCUUCCUGGGGGGCGUGGUCGUGGUUCUGAUUGGCUGGCCCAUCAUUGGAGUGGUGCUGGAGAUCUAUGGAUUUUUCCUCUUAUUCAGGGGCUUUUUCCCAGUGGCAGUAGGCUUCAUCAGGAGGGUGCCUGUCCUCGGGUCCAUACUCAACCUCCCAGGGAUUAGUGGAUUGGUGGACAAAGUCAGCGACAGCAACAAUAUGGUAUAACAGUGACAACCUUUGGAUUGGAGGGUAUUACAUCGCUUAACUCUAUUUGUAAUGGGGACUUUGUUCCCUAUUGGUCAACUACUAUUGGUCAACUACAAUUGGUCAACUACUAUUGGUCAACACAAGUUAAAGGUCAAAGCUGUGAAUCAAAAACCUCUUUCCGUUCAAAGAAAUAUAAUCUUAUUUUGGGCAGGUGUAUGAAUACGACUGGCUUCGUAAAGUUUAUUUUGACGAUAAGGAAAUGGCUUCGUAACCUGGUUGCCAUUGAUGGACAUUGUUACUAAAGGACUACUUUAUUUCGAAGCCCAAUGGGUGAAUUGGGCCCUUUUUGUGUUACUGUCCGUUCCUGAUCGACUGAUGAUGAUGAUUGACACGUGACUGGACCAAUCACUGGACUGGACAUCUCUUUGGAGGAGUCUGGAAUCUGUUACAGAUGCCUUUCUUCUACAUGGAUAGAUAUGUUCUAGAUUGGAAUGUUGAUGUGCACAAUGGGUUAUAAUGAU